CAGACGUCUGUUCUGACCAAAGUGAAGACGUACUCAAAGAUGCCUGCGAGCCAUCACAUCUUCAUUGUCCUGUCAUUGCUUACGUCAUCAUCGUUUAUACUAGUCUAUGGCAAAGUGUACAGCCCCUGUGAACUCGCCCGCGAACUCUACUGGUGGUACGGAGUGCCAGAGCACAUGCUAGCGGACUUUGUGUGCAUCGCUAAACAUGAAAGCAGUUUCAACAGCAACAUUCAAGGACCUCGGGACUGGGAUGGAAGUUACGACCACGGCUUGUUCCAAAUAAACGAUCGAUACUGGUGUGGCCGAAACGGGGCGUCAAAGGAAUGCAACAUCGACUGUGCAGAUCUCAAAGAUGAUGACCUCACGGACGACAUCGAAUGCGUUGCUAAAAUUUACGCCAGGCACGGCUUCAAGGCAUGGGCUGCUUGGAUAAAACACUGUCAAGGCGAAAACGUCAAGAGCGACCUCUAUGGAUGCGAGCUUUGAAGAAAAGAGGGC